AUGAGUGGCAGCGGAGUGCAAGAUACAGGACUUGUGCGCCGUCCACCCGUGCAUCCGUCACGGUCGUCCGCAUCAGUGUCGCCUUCAAGCUCCUCUGCCAAUGUAGCGUUACGCCCCCCCAUCCACCCCUCGCGCUCGUCUGUGAACAGUUCUGUUGGUAGCUCCAGUCCGAGCGCUCUGCCUGCUCCGCCGCCAUACGCCAGCCCUAACUUAUCGCCUGCACCCCCUCCAACCGCACCCAGACUAAGCCCAAAGGCACCCCCAACCCAGCUACCUCCCAGAGACUUCCGUCCAGAGUCGUCUUCCUCCCACCUUCCUCCUGCCAGUCCUGUCACCCAAGCGACACCGUCUCUGCCUCCCCGGCCGAGCGCACCAGCUGCAGCUGCCGUAUCUUCGCCACCGCUUUCAUCUUUCACGGCUUCAGAGGAAGAUUCGGGGUCCGAAUCGGACUCGGAGAGCGGUGCCGCUACACCCACACCAGAGCUCGGGGGAGGGCCGUCCACAGACACCCUUGGGACUCCGAUAGAGUCUAAGGACGAAGAAGAGCUGUCCGAGAUCCAGCUGCGUGAGCUGUACGAUGACGAGGAAAUCGACAGGUUCCUGAACCUGUUUUCUUCGUAUGUCCGGGAAGUACGAGCAACGCAGCCGGCGGGUGCUGGACCCGGCCGUGGCGGGGAGCCUGCGUCCGCAAGUGCUCCUGAUAUCACGGAGCACGGUCCUUCAGUCCCGUCUCCCUCCACAGCGAGCCUGGCACCGCCCACGAAGAUUAAUUGGGACAGACCAAUUUCAGAAGCGAUCGCAAUGGAACUCGUCGUUCCCUUAUUGCCUCCUCCCCGUGCCCCCCUUCCAAAUUUCUCUAUAGGACGAUUGAGGCAGACGGCACAGCGACUCUAUGUGGCGCUCGAGCCGAUGUACACUCGGCUUGGCGUGCCGUUGCUCAGGCUCGCAACGUGGACGGACCCCAGGCAAAGCUUCGUGUACUGCGCUCUCUACUGGAUACUGUGGUACCAUGGCUUGCUACUGUCUGCUUUCGCUCUGGGCGUCCUAUACGAGCUCGUGCGCAGGAAGCUCCAUCCUUAUCCCAGUCUAGCCGAGCUUCGGGAGCAUCGGCGUAGCAUCGACCGAUCACAGGCCGUCGGCCGUCUGCUCGCUACCCGCUUGGCGAAUGCACCCUCUUUGGGUGUUCGAGACGUCUGGGACAUCUUCGGGGACUACAGACAUCUACGGAAGCUGAAGAAGGCGAAGAGGGAGGCUGCUGGAAAGAUUGGACCAGACGCCACUGAGGAGCUUGUCAGCGGGGAUGACACUUCCACCAUCCGUAGCGCAUCCCUCAGCACUGGCGAUUUGCCUCAACCCCAAGACGGUUCAGCACAAGAAGCGCAGGAGGAUGCGGAUCUGAAACGUCUCGGUCUCUUCGUCAUGAACGAGACCGCCGACUUCCUGGAGCGUAUCAAGAACAUCUUCCUGUGGCGCGAGCCGACAGCUUCGGUUAUCUAUGGCACGGUCAUCCUAGGGUGGUUCCUGUUUGGCUUCUUGCCCGCACGGUAUCUCGUGAAACUUGUGGGAGCCGUCGUAGGGGGAGUCUUCUGGCAUGUCAUACCUGUCGCGGUGGCGAUCCCACCUUCUGAGAGGAAUCGCUUCCCGUCGCCGCUGUCGAUCGUCCCCACCGACACUGAAUACGCCAUGGAGCUCAUCUCGCAACGCGUGGCUCGGGGGCUGCCUGUCAAAGCGAGGCGGAAGAGAUUCGGAAGGCAAUCUUCCAAGUCGAGCCUGUUCGAGGCCGAAAGCGCCCUGGGACAUGGAAGCAGCUCGUCCGUCGACUGGAAGAAGGUCGGCGAGCGGAUCGCGACGACGAAGGAGAUGGCAGGCGACCUGAAGGGCAUCUUCCGCGAUGGACAGGCGAACAGCUGGAAGGCGCUUAACCCGCUGGCGUCCAAGACGGUAGCGACGCAUGGCGGGCUCGAGCCGUGCAUCGAGACGCAAACGUUCCCCGCAACGACGAGAGCACAUGGGCCGGGUUUGAUCACCCUGACAUCGACAACGCUCUUCUUCACUCCUUUGUUAUCGUCCCAUCCCGUGCUGACGAUUGAGCUGGCCAACGUCAGCGGCGUAAAGAAGACGAAGCUGACGAAGGGGCUCGAUAUCCGCUACUCGUACCAGUCCGAGUCCGGGCGGACAGAAGACAAGGAGGCGUCAUUCCAGCUGGUCGGUGCCCGCAGCGAGCUGUUCGCCCGUCUGGUGGGCUCAGGAGGGAAGAAGUGGGCGAAGGUGUAG